CACACACACACACCACACCAGGCUACAGAUCUAUAAUUCUGUUUGAAUGCAUGCAGUUUGGAAGUACUUUUUGACAGUAAUGUCUCGAAAGCAAGAAAAAAGUUUGUUAUAAUCAUAAGGUAGAAUUGACUGUGAUUGUUUGUAUGUUAGACCGCAGUUGCUUGUUCUAACUGGUUUACCAUCGUCUCGACCAGACUUAUCUCUACUUGCAUGUCAGAUCAAUAAGAAUGUUGGUGCUGUUACAUGCGGGCAAGUGUUGGUGGGACCAUUUGAGAGCCAUCGUAUGGCAAGAGAAACAUGUAAAAGAGAUAUCUUUAUAAAAUCAGCAAAGUUGAAGGCUUUUCAUUCAGUUGUUACUUCACAUAGUCUAAGGCAAGGAAUACAGUCAUUGAUGGAGGUUGCUGGUUUGGGUAAACUGCGACCGAAUACUCUAAUGUUAGGAUACAAGAAUCAGUGGAUGUUACAAGAGCAAACUGUUGUCAAUGAAUAUGUUGACAUAUUGCAUGAUGCAUUUGAUCUGAACUUUGGAGUAGCUAUUCUGAGAAUGCCUGAUGGAUUAUAUGGUGAUGCAUCUGUGCCAUUACAGCUUGCUGAGCUUGUUGAUGCUGGCAUUUCAGCUGAACAGAAUGAUACCAUGGAGAGAGCAGAAACUAAGCAGCUGGGACAAAAGCUAAGGUCUCAGUUAGGACCUCAUGGUGAUCUUGGCAGAACCAAUUUGAACGAAAGUUCUCAACAAAACUCACGGGAUGGUCGUUUGUCUACGCUUAUGCAGAAGCAGAAAUCUUACUUCUCUGAGCGACAGCCGAAGGGCACAAUUGAUGUGUGGUGGUUAUAUGAUGAUGGUGGACUGACUGUCCUCCUUCCUCACUUAUUGUCCCUAAGUCCGUCAUGGAGUCGGUGCAGAAUAAGGAUAUUUGCUCCUGUUACUGAGCAGCUGUCAACAGAAGAAGUUAGGAUGACAUCUCUAUUAAGGAAGUUCAGAAUUAGCUUUUCAAGUGUCAUUAUGUUGUCUGAAAUGAAAAGUCGACCAUCAAGUGAAAGUGUUGAGGAAUUCAUGAAAUUACCUGGAGGAGAAGAAUCAAACAGAGAGGAUGUCAAGGAGAAGACUUUCCGUCAUAUACGACUUGGAGAAUUGCUUCGUCAGCAUUCCACCAAUGCCAAGCUUAUUGUAGUGACAAUGCCAAUACCAAGAAAGAAUACGUGCUCAUCUAUUCUCUACAUGAGUUGGUUGGAGACUAUAUCCUGUAAACUGCCACCCAUUUUGUUUGUCAGGGGCAAUCAACAAAGCGUACUUACUUUUCAGUCUUAGUUGAAUUGAAUACAAACUUUACUCAUUCCUAGAUGCCUAGAUGGAUCAAUUAUCUAUUUCAGCUACUAGUCAUAUCAAACAAGACUUUGUACAAGUCACGAGA